AUGGCCCCUGUCGCAGUUAACCCUCCUGCCGUUGAGGCCAAAUCCCAGCCCACCAUGCCAAUUUCGAAGGACGUUCCUGUCGAUCCUUCAAACAUCGGCACCAAGCGAAAGAUCAUCUGCUUCUCAGAUUUCGACGGAACAAUCUUCAUGCAAGACACCGGCCACAUCCUCUUCAACGCCUUCGGCUGCGGCACCGAACGACGACAACAGCUCGAUGAGCAGAUCCACAGUGGCGAGCGCUCCUUCCGCGAUGUAUCCGAGGAAAUGUGGGGCUCCCUCGACGUCCCCUUCGACGAUGGCUUCGAAGUGAUGAAGACCGCGCUCGAAAUCGACAUCGACUUCAAAACCUUCCACCAAUUCUGCAUCAACAACGGCAUCCCCUUCAACGUCAUCUCCGCGGGCCUCAAGCCCGUCCUCCGCCGCGUCCUCGACCACUUCCUCGGCGAGGACAACUCCAAGCACAUUGACAUCGUCGCAAACGACGCCACCAUCUCCUCCGACGGCAGCCAGUGGAAGCCCGUCUGGCUCCACGACACGGAACUCGGGCACGACAAGGCGAAAUCCAUAAACGACUUCAAAGACGAGGCCCGCCUCCAAAGCGACGACGGCACCAUCCCCAUGAUCAUCUUCAUCGGCGACGGCGUCUCCGACCUCCCCGCCGCCCGCGAAGCAGACGUUCUCUUCGCGCGCCGCGGCCUCCGCCUCGAAGAGUACUGCGUCGAGAAUAACCUGCCGUACAUCCCCUUCGACACCUUCGCCGACAUCCAGCGCGAGGUCAUCAAGGUGGCUAAGAUCGAUGAGGCGAAGACGCAGGGUAAGGGGCUGCCGAGUAAUUUCAACCCGAGGGCGAAUAUGUGGCGGAGGGCGAGUAGUAAGAAGAAUGUUCCGCUUUUUGCGGCGAUGACGCCCAAGGAGGAGAAGGCGUUUAUUUGGCCGGAGACGUUUACGGAGUUGAAUCCUGUGGCUGAGGGGGUGCCUGCUGCAGCUUAA